ACAGGUUCAUUAUUUGCUCCAAUUCCAGGACGCGCAGAGAAGACCGAGAUCGAUUUGCAAACAUUGCCAUCCAAUAAUUGCGAUUGUUGCAAGACGGUGAAAACGGUUGAAAUCCGUGUUUCCAUCUUCCCGAAUCUGUCUGACCAAACAUGGGUUGCUGGAUAAAAAAGUUGAAAAGAAUGCCCAGCCAGAAAGAGGCAAGCUGAGACAACUGUAGGAGUGUGUGUUCAAGCGCAGUAAUUAGCUAAUUAGUUUGACUAUUAGGACGAAGGCUUCUGCAGCUGGGUACGCGCUGGAAAUCAUUUAAAAAUCUGACCUUAUAGAUGUGGGUUUGGAUCAUAACAGGAUCCACUCCACUUCAACCAUGUGGACAUUACUGUUGUUAGCGUUAUGUUCCUCCCUGCAAGAAGGAAUGCGACCCUCUCAAUGCCAGGCCCUAUGCUCUGAAAACGAAAGAUUCGUGAACAACGUCAACCCUUGCAACACGUGUGAAAAUCACAAGGUAUGUUCGUUGUCCACUGAUGGAGGGCCUGGAUGCGAUUGCUUGCCAGGGUACUACAGGAACGCCGAAGAAAAAUGUGUAUCAAAAGAAGAAUGUGAAGGUCGGUCCCCUUCCACAGAGAAUGGGGUCCUACGCUGGAGUAGACCGGCUAAUAAAAUAAUUUGCAGGAAAGACGAAGUAUUUUUAGAAUGCAGUUGCGAGAAGACGUGUUGCAACGGGGGUCAGGCAGAGGGAUGUUCUGCCUCUUGCUCGAAAGGAUGCUUCUGCAAGAAGGGACUGGUGAGACACGAAGACGGCAGGUGCAUCAGACUGCAGGAAUGCGAAAAGCAAAAUAGCCCUGGUUCAGAUACUCCAACGAUACAAUGCUCUAUGCCAAGAUGCGAUGCGGGAUGCAGCAUAGAUUAUUCCACCAAGCCUUGUCCGAGUUGCUCAUGUACAAAUACUCCAACAAUCCAAUGCUCUAUGCCGAAAUGUGAUGAGGGUUGUAGCAUAGACUAUUCCACCAAACCCUGCCCGAGUUGCUCAUGUACAAAUAUGCCAACGAUUCAAUGCUCUAUGCCGAAAUGUGAUGAGGGUUGUAGCAUUGACUAUUCCACCAAACCUUGCCCCAGUUGCUCGUGUACAGAUUCCCCAAUAAUUCAAUGCUCUCCACCAAAGUGUUCUUCUGGUUGCAGCAUAGAUUAUUCCACCAAGCCUUGUCCGAGUUGCUCUUGCCCAAAUUUACCAUCACCAAAUAACUGUAGACCUGAUGAACAGUUCCACGAGUGCAUGCCCCUUUGCAACGGAACAUGCUCAGCCUACUUAACGAAAAGCUACCUGUUCUGCAAAAUGGCCUGUCGUAGUGGCUGCUUCUGCAGAAAAGGUCUAUACAAGACAGAAGACGGAAGGUGCGUCCCGGCCUCUCAAUGCACAGCACCCAACUCUCCGCCAGAAAAUAACUGCGGUGCGAACGCUGAGUAUCGUACGUGUGGAAGUGCCUGCCCACCCACCUGCGCCAACCGGGGCAAGAAGCUGAUUUGCACCCAACAGUGUGUGCCGGGAUGCUUUUGCAAAAAAGGAUUUGUCAAAAAUGACCAAGGAAAAUGCGUCCAACCCACAGAGUGUCAAGAAAGUCCUCCAAAAAUACAAUGCUUGCCACCAAAAUGUGGAGUUGGCUGCAGCAUAGACUACUCCACCAAGCCUUGCCCGAGCUGCUCGUGUGUAGGUCCCCCAAUAAUACAAUGCUCUGUACCGAAGUGUCGAGCUGGCUGCAGCAUAGAUUAUUCCACCAAGCCUUGCCCGAGUUGUUCGUGUGCAGGUUCCCCACCGAUCCAAUGUUCCAUGCCGAAAUGUGAUGAUGGCUGCAAAAUAGACUAUUCCACCAAGCCUUGCCCGAGUUGUUCGUGUACAGGCCCCCCAGAGAUACAAUGCUCUAUUCCAAAAUGUGACGUGGGUUGCCGAAUAGACUAUUCUACCAAACCUUGCCCGAGUUGUUCGUGCUCUGAUAGUUGCGGUGAAAACGAAGAGUUUAGAGGAUGCGGAAGUGCCUGUCCAGCCACCUGCGCAAAUCUGGGCAAAAAUGUGAUGUGCACCAUGCAGUGCGUGCCUGGAUGUUUCUGCGCGAGGGGACUAGUUAGAAAUGACCAAGGAAAAUGUGUUCCACCCGAAGAAUGUCCCCAGAAUUCUGUCGCAACCACGGGGAAUCCGUCAGAGGUAUGCGACGAAGAUGAAGAAUAUCAAGUGUGUGGAAGUGGGUGUCCGCCCUCCUGCAAGAAUCUCGGCAAGAACCUGCCGUGCACCUUCCAAUGCGUGCCGGGAUGCUUCUGCAGAAAGGGAAUGGUGAGGAACGAUGAAGGUGAAUGUGUGGAACCAGAAGAAUGCCCUCAGGAGACUUGUGGUGAGGACGAGGAAUAUAGAGACUGUGGAAGUGCCUGUCCAGCCACCUGUUCAAACCUCGGCAAGAAGCAGAUAUGUACCCAGCAAUGCGUGCCGGGUUGCUUCUGCAGAGAAGGACUCGUCCGAAACGAAGAGAAUGAAUGUGUAGAACCGGAAGAAUGCCCAGAAAAUCCCCCAAAAGUACGAUGCUCUCCGCCGAGAUGUGGUCCUGGCUGCAGUAUAGACCGUUCCACCAAGCCCUGCCCAAGUUGCUCGUGUCCAAGCCGCGGCCCUGGUGAUCGGUGCGACCGCAACCGGCAGUUUUACGAUUGCAUUCCAAGGUGCAGCAGGACGUGCGAGGCGUACACGAGGAAGCCGAAAGUGUACUGCAGGCCGCUGUGCCGCAGCGGAUGCUUCUGCCGAGAAGGGCUCUAUGAAAGAGAAGAUGGAAAGUGUGUGCCGCCUACUCAGUGCCCUGCUGUGCCACCAAAAAAAAAAUGCCCCCGGAACGAAGAAUACAGUGAGUGCGCGAUUCCCUGCAACGACUGCGAGACCAGAGGCAAAUGCAACUUCCUGGUGUGCAACGCAGGAUGCGAUUGCAAGAAGGGAUACUACAGAGAUUUCAACGGCUCCAACGGCCGAUGCAUACCCGCUAAGCAGUGCCCCCUCAUUCAUCCUACACCUCCGGCAGACACGUGCGAAAGCGACAAACAGUAUUACGAAUGCAUCCCGAGUUGUCAGAGAACGUGCUCGGCCUACAGAAGAAAGGAGCAAAUACUCUGCAAUCAGAUCUGCACCAGUGGCUGCUUCUGCAGGGAGGGCCUAUACUUAGCAGACGAUGGCGUUACAUGUGUGAAACCAGAACAGUGCCUCUCCACACCCUCUCCUCCGACAAAAAAAUGUAAAAAGAACGAAGUGUUCAGCAAGUGCGUGAAUCCCUGCAACGAUUGCCAGACCAGAGGGAAAUGCAACUUCCUGGUAUGCAACGAAGGAUGCGAUUGCAGGAAGGGAUACUACAGAGACUUCGAUGGCUCCAACGGCCGAUGUAUACCCGCUAAGCAGUGUCCCCUCAUUCAUCCCACUCCAGCACCAACUGAGUGUGCAUCCAAUCAACAAUACUACGAUUGCAUCCCAAGAUGCAUGAGGACCUGUGAAGCUUACACUAGGCCAGUGGAAAUUUUUUGCAGCCAGUUGUGUAUCAGCGGAUGCUUUUGUAAGGAAGGACUUUAUGAAUCAGAUGAUGGCACUUGCGUACCGCCUGAGCAGUGUCCCAUCCCAGCGACCUCUCCUGAAAUCACACCUUCACCAAACCAAUGCAGAGCAGACGAACAGUUCUAUGAGUGUAUUCCCGCUUGUCAGCAGACUUGCUUUGCUUUGACGAGUGAAGUAAAGAUUGCUUGCAGGAUGCCUUGUCGAAGCGGCUGCUACUGCAGGGAAGGAUUGUACCAAAAAGAUGACGGUACAUGCGUUCCACCUGAGGGGUGUUUUGAUACUCCUGUAUCUACAACUGCUCCAGAUGCUCCAACAUCAGUUUCCACCUGCCGCAAAAAUGAAGAGUACUAUCGUUGCAUCCCCACCUGCAGGAACACUUGCGAGAACUAUCAGGCCGUAAAACCAAUUUGCUCCCGAAUAUGUAUUGAAGGUUGCUUCUGCAAGAAAGGACUCGUCAAAAGGAGUGAUGGGAAAUGCGUCAAACCUGAAAAAUGUAGGAAAUCGUCGCCCUCAAUGAAACCCACAAAACCGAUGAAUAAAAUAUGUGGCCCCGACGAGCAGUUCUACAGCUGUAUUCCAACUUGUAAGAACACCUGUGAGAACUAUCAAGCCAAGCGCCCUAUCUGCCCACGCAUUUGCCGAAGAGGAUGCUUCUGCAAGAAGGGACUGGUCAAGAGACGCGACGGAAAGUGCGUCAAGCCAGAUAAAUGCAAAUCAUCAUCUCCCGAACCUACAGAUUCUCCAACAAUAGAAUGCUCUAUGCCGAUGUGUGGCACCGGCUGCACAAUAGACUACUCCACCAAGCCUUGCCCAAGUUGCUCAUGCCCAAACGUACCUCCACCCACGAAUUCUGUGUGCAUGCAACCGAAAGAGGUCGGACCAUGUAGGGCUCUUUUUCAAAGAUUUUUCUAUAAUCAGCAGACAGGUCAGUGCGAGGCAUUUACGUACGGUGGAUGCAAAGGAAACAAAAACAACUUUGAGAAGAAAGAAGACUGCGAAAUGACGUGUGGAACCGAACCGAAACCGGCUCCCCCGAAAUGUGGAAAGGAUGAGCAAUAUUACAAAUGCAUUCCAAACUGCCAAAGCACCUGUGACACUUACAAGACAAACAUGCCUUGCCCUCUGUUUUGUAAAUCUGGGUGUUAUUGCAAGGAAGGGAUGGUUAAAAACAGGAAUGGAAAAUGUGUCAAGCCAUCUGAGUGUGAAUCUACAAAUCCGCCAGUAACAGCCGCUCCUAUUCCCACGAACUCGGUCUGCUUGCAACCGAAGGAAGUGGGGCCCUGCUUAGCUAUUAUCCCGAGGUUCUUCUACAAUCUGCAAACAGGUCGGUGUGAGGAAUUCAGCUAUGGAGGUUGCGCAGGAAACAAGAACAACUUUGAGAAGAAGAAAGAUUGCGAGAGAACUUGCGGAAAGAGUUCUACACCAUCUCCAUCGAAAUGUGGCAAAGACGAACAAUAUUACAAUUGCGUGCCCAAUUGUCACAACACUUGCGAUACUUAUAACCUGAAAGGCCCUUGUCCUCUCUAUUGUAUGUCAGGAUGCUUCUGUAAGGAAGGUAUGGUCAAGAAUAAGGAUGGAAAGUGUGUCCAACCUUCCCAGUGUCCUUCUACGAAUCUUCCGUCAUCAGAGAAUUCCAAAGAAUGUGGAGCAAACGAGGAAUACUACGAUGAUUGCGCACCGAAGUGCACGGGCACUUGUGAGGCUUACAACAAUCCGGGGAUUUAUCACUGCCCUCGGUGUCUUCCAGGAUGCUGGUGUAGCCAAGGGUUUGUGAAGAGAAGUGACGGUCAGUGCGUACCGCCGGACCAAUGCAACGUCCCGAGUACUCCAACGCCAUCUCCUGCCUCGAACCCCAUUUGCCAGCAACCAAAAGUGGUCGGACCCUGCAGAGCGCUUAUGCCCAGGUACUUUUACAACCAGGAGACGCGACAAUGCGAACAAUUUAAUUACGGAGGAUGCCGUGGAAACAAGAACAACUUCAAAACGAAGGAAGAAUGUGAAACCAGCUGUGGAUCUGGGCCUCCGGAUCAGUGUGGGGAGAAUGAGGAAUAUUACGAGGAAUGCGCCCCGAGCUGCGGAGGCACUUGUGAAUCGUACAAAAAACUUCCCAUUCUCAACUGCCGCCUCUGCCGCCCUGGCUGUUGGUGCAGCAAAGGUUUAGUGAAGAGAAAGGAUGGUAAAUGUGUCCCGAAAGACCAGUGUGACACACCGACAGAUGUAACAGAAAUUCCUCCACACACGUGUCGAGAGGACGAGGAGUUUCUCCCUUGUGGCAGCGCGUGUCCACCUUCCUGCUCGACUCUAGGGAAGAACAAUUUCGCAUGCAUCGCACUCUGCGUGCCAGGAUGCUUUUGCAAGCAGGGGCUCAUCAGAAACGAGCAAGGAGAAUGCGUGAAGCCCGAAGACUGCCCACAAAAUACUUGUGGGGAAGAUGAAGAAUAUAGGGACUGUGGAAGUGCCUGUCCACCCACCUGCUCAGAUCUCGGCAGGAACCAGAUAUGCACCCAGCAGUGCGUACCGGGUUGCUUCUGCAGAGAAGGACUCGUCCGAAACGAAGAGGGAGAAUGUGUAGAACCGGAAGACUGCCCACAACCUACUUGCAACGAAGACGAGGAAUAUAAAGAAUGCGGAAGUUCCUGUCCACCUUCGUGCUCAAAUCUCGGCAAGAACAUCAUUUGUACCAAAGAAUGCAGUCCAGGAUGCUUCUGCAGGGAGGGACUCGUCAGGAAUGAUGAAGGAGAAUGUGUCGAACCUGAAGAGUGCCCGCAAGAUGAGAAUCCGGAAGUAACAACGCCGGCUGUUCCAACCGAUACGUGUGGCGCAAAUGAGGAAUAUAAGAAUUGUGGCACUGCAUGCCCAUCCACUUGCGCGAAUAUAGGAAUGGAUCGAAUAUGCACAUUGGAAUGUGUACCCGGAUGUUUCUGUAAGAAGGGAUUUGUUAGAAACGACCAGGGCCAAUGCGUCGAGCCCGAUGAUUGUCCCCAAAGAACAUGUGGAGAAGAUGAAGAAUACAAGGACUGUGGCAGUGCUUGUCCCCCUACAUGCUCUAACCUCGGUAAGAAUCAAGUGUGCACCGAUCAAUGCGUCCAGGGAUGUUUUUGCAAAGAAGGACUCGUCAAAAACGACAAGGGAGAAUGUGUCGAACCCGAAGAAUGCCCGGAAAAAAGCCCUGAGGAAUGUGGCGAAAACGAGAAAUACUACGAUUGUGCCCCGAGCUGCGGGGGUACGUGCGAUACAUACAAUAAGACUGCUGUCAUCUUGUGCCUGCCGUGUGGCCCUGGGUGUUGGUGCAACGAAGGUCUGGUCAAAAACAGAAAAGGCAAGUGCGUUCCGCCAGAGCAGUGCGAUGUUCCCAAAGGACCCAACAAGUUGUGCGGCGUGAAUGAGAUCUACUACGACACAUGCGCCCCGAGCUGCAAGGGAACAUGCGACACUCAGGACCAGGACAUUGAGUGUCCGGAGUGCAUUCCAGGCUGCUGGUGCAAGAAAGGGUACUUGAAAAAUCGGUACGGGAAAUGCGUACCCAAACGCAAGUGCAACAUGAAGCGAAAAAUUCCCACUUGUCCGAAGGAUCAGCAGUACUACGACUGCAUCCCGUCGUGCAAACGAACGUGCAUGACGUACAAUUCCACCAGCGCGUUCUGUCCCAAAGAAUGCAUCAAGGGCUGCUUCUGCAAGGAUGGAUUGGUCAUGAACAAGAAUGGGGAGUGUGUACCGCCUGCAGAGUGCCCCCUCACUUGUCCGUUGAACCAAAAAUACUACGAGUGUAUGCCUGACUGCCAGAACCGGUGCAAUCCUCCAGAUGCUUGUGCAGCUGUCUGCAAAUCCGGAUGCUUCUGCAAGGAAGGGCUGGUCAUGAGAGAAGAUGAAAAGUGCGUCCGAAAAGAACUCUGCAAGGCGAAGAACAGUGGAAAACCUCAGUGCAGAUCGGACGAGGAGUAUUAUGAUUGCUUCCAGAGGUGCAGGAAUUCGUGCGCCACUAGGAAAGGAGUAUGUCCAGCAGUUUGCGAAUCCGGUUGCUUCUGCAAGAAAGGUCUGCUGCUGAGCAGCCAGGGGAAGUGUGUCGAAGCCGAUGAAUGCGACGAUGAUGAAUCAAAAAGCACAGAAGAGGGAUCUAAUGGAAGUCCUGGCUCAAAACCGGACAACAAACCAGGAAUCGACAAAAAAUGCGAUGGCAUGAACGAGGAGGUGGUGCCCUGUGCCAAACCCAAGACUUGCAACACAUGCCUCAUCCGAGGCAAUUGUAAGUUGAAAAGGUGCGAAGCUGGCUGCGAUUGCAAAAGUGGCUACUACAGGGACGACAGCGGGACGUGCAUUCCCCAGGACCAAUGUCCUGGAGCAACACCUCAAUGUAGCGGCGAGAAUGAAGAAAUAGUGUCUUGCGCGAAACCGAAAUGGUGCAAUACGUGCGGCAUCCGGGGCAAUUGCAAGUUGAAAGAAUGCGAAUCUGGUUGCGACUGCAAGAGUGGCUAUUACAGGGACGACAACGGAGUGUGUAUUCCUCAAGAUAAAUGUCCCGGAGACACACCUCAAUGUAGCGGCGAGAAUGAAGAGAUAGUGUCUUGCGCGAAACCGAAGUGGUGCAACACGUGCGGCAUCCGGGGCAAUUGCAAGUUGAAAAGCUGCGAAUCUGGCUGCGACUGCAAGAGUGGCUACUUCAGGGACGACAGCGGAGUGUGCAUUCCUCAAGAUAAAUGUCCUGCAUCUAAUCCUCCUGAAGAUUCUCAACCAGAACCUGGAAAUACGAUAGUGCCAGGUAGUGAAAAUGACUCUUCAGUUGAAUCGUCAUAUUCAGAAGAAAGCUUUUCAUCAAUUUCAGAAACACAAUCUUCCGAAUCAAGUUCGACAAGCCAAUCUUCUAAUAUCCGAAAGAGGUCAUCAAGUUCCGAAAGCUGGUUUUCAGAUAGUGAAUCUGGCAAUGAAAUCGAUUCCGAGAAAAAUUCCUCAGAGGAAUUGGAAGCAGAAUAUUCAUCGAUGGCAACAAUUGCUACAGAAGGGUCUUCCGAUAUGUCCUCUGAUUCUGAAAAGAGCUCUUCGAGAUCUUCAUCAGAAUCAGGAAUGUGGUCUUCAGGUUCAUCUUCGAGAUCAGAAAGAGAAUCAGCGGAAAAUGAAAUCGAUUCUUUCGAUGAAUUGAUAGUUUCUGAAGACAAAUCGUCGUCGGAUUCGGAAUCGGGAUAUUCAACAAUGUCAUCUGAUUCUGAAAAUUGGUCUACUAAUAUGUCAUCUGAUUCUGAACAGAAUUCAUCGAGAUCUUCAUCAGGAUCAGGAAUGUGGUCUUCAAGUUCAUCUUCGAGUUCAGAGAGAGAAUCAGCGGGAAAUGAAAUCGAUUCUUUCGAUGAAUCGAUAGUUUCUGAAGACAAAUCGUCGUCGGAUUUGGAAUCGGGAUAUUCAACAAUGUCAUCUGCUUCCGAAGAUUGGUCUACCAAUAUGUCAUCUGAUUCAGAACAGAGUUCAUCGAGAUCUUCAUCAGGAUCAGGAAUGUGGUCUUCAAGUUCGUCUUCGAGAUCAAAGAGAGAAUCAGCAGAAAAUGAAAUCGGUUCUUCCGAUGCAUUGACAAUUUUUGAAGACGGAUCGGAAUCAUCGUCAGAUAUGGAAUCGGGAUAUUCAACAAUGUCAUCUGCUUCUGAAAGCUGGUCUGCAGAUGCGUCAGAUGAUUCCAAAAUGAGUUCAUCCAGUUCAUCAUCAGGUUCUCGAAUGUGGUCUUCAAAAAUAUCAUCAGAUUUUGAAAGCGACGAAGAGGAACAAGAAAACUAUGAUGAAGUGAUUUAUGUAGACGACGGAAAUGGAUUCGAAGAGUAUUUUUAUUCCUGGACAGAAGUUGAAGGUAAUGACGAAAAUUAAAGUGGACAUUUUUGCGUAGGUUUACACAGCUUCUAUUGAAAAGUUUUAGAUUAUAUUCUAAUAACUAUAUGGCAUAUAUAGAGAACUGUUUAUUCUAAAAGAAUAGUUAUCUUCGUCUGUAUGGAAAAAUUUAUUUAAGUAAUAAAGCUUUCUAGAUUAUGAA